GCGAAGCCUAUGGGGCUGGUGGAGGGACCUGGAGGUCUUGGUCAGGGGGGAGCCGCUGCCACUCUGGGAGAAGACAGCCUCGAUGCGGAGGGGAAGUACGAGGAGUACGGUUACAACGCUCAGCUCAGUGAUCGCAUCUCUCUGGACAGGAGUAUCCCUGAUUACAGGCCGAAAAAGUGUAAGCAGCUGACAUACUCGGAGGACCUUCCUCAGAUUUCUGUGGUCUUUAUCUUUGUGAACGAGGCUCUGUCAGUGAUCCUGCGCUCCGUUCACAGUGUGGUCAACCACACGCCGGCACACCUGCUCAAAGAAAUCAUCCUUGUAGAUGACAACAGUGACAGCGUGGAGCUGAAAUUCAACUUGGACCAGUAUGUGAACAAACGCUACCCGGGCCUGGUGAAAAUUGUGAGAAACAGCAAGCGAGAAGGUUUGAUCCGAGCCAGAAUACAUGGCUGGAACGCAGCCACGUCGCCUGUUGUCGGCUUCUUUGAUGCUCAUGUUGAGUUCAACACUGGCUGGUCUGAACCAAUUUUGACCCGGAUGAAAGAAGAUCACACCCGUAUCAUCCUUCCUGCCAUAGACAACAUCAAGUACAACACCUUUGAGGUGCAGCAGUAUGCCAAUGCUGCCCAUGGCUACAACUGGGGCCUGUGGUGCAUGUACAUCAUCCCCCCACAGGAGUGGCUGGACAAGGGCGAUGAGACGGCCCCUAUCAGAACGCCAGCUAUGAUCGGCUGCUCCUUCGUGGUGGAUCGGGAAUAUUUUGGUAAGAUCGGCCUGCUGGAUCCAGGCAUGGAGGUCUACGGAGGCGAAAACAUCGAGCUGGGCAUGAGGGUGUGGCAGUGUGGAGGGAGCAUGGAAGUCCUGCCAUGUGCCAGAGUGGCCCACAUCGAGCGCACCAAGAAGCCCUACAACAACGACAUAGACUAUUAUGCCAAACGCAACGCCCUGCGAGCCGCUGAGGUGUGGAUGGAUGAAUACAAAUCCCAUGUCUACAUGGCCUGGAAUAUUCCCAUGAACAACCCAGGUGUUGAUUUCGGGGAUGUGUCCGAUCGCUUGGCCUUGAGAAAAAAGAUGCAGUGUCGAAGUUUUCGCUGGUACCUUGAUCACGUUUACCCAGAGAUGCGGAUCUAUAACAACACCAUCACAUAUGGCGAGGUGAGAAACAGUAAAGCCAGUGGAUACUGCCUCGAUCAAGGAUCUGAGGAUGAUGACAAAGCCAUCCUCUACCCCUGCCACGGCAUGUCCUCCCAGCUUGCCCGCUACUCUACAGAAGGCCUUCUUCAGCUUGGACCACUGGGGUCGACGACCUUCCUACCAGACACAAAAUGCCUCAUCGAUGAUGGCAGAGGACGCACACCCAGUCUGAAAAAAUGUGACGUCGUCUCAAGGGUUUCUCAAAGGCUUUGGGACUUUACACAGAAUGGACCAAUCAUUAACAGAGACACUGGUCGGUGUUUGGAAGUCGAAAUGUCUAAAGACGCCAAUUUUGGCCUACGUCUGGUGGUCCAGAGAUGCUCCAGUCAGAAGUGGAUGAUACGAAACUGGAUUAAACAUCCCAGGCACUGAUAAAAAAACAACAACUUCUGACCGGUUUGGACGGUGAUUUUAAUCACAGUUGGCUUUUGAACGAUGGACAGUUCAGGGAGGAGCAGGAACUGUGUGGUUUUUCACAUCACAGACUGCACAACACACUGAGCUUUCCUCAGAGCUUUUCUUACACUGUCUUAAAGAAGAAAAUGAUGAACUCUACGCUCGAUGUUCACACCAGACCUUAAGGCCAGCUGCAGUGUUUGAAACUGACCACUUUUCUGACCUUCAGCCAUAUGUAUAGAACAUAUCACCUUUGUGAAGUCUCCAACACUGGUUCAGUAUCUUACAGCAGGAUUUCUACUGCAAAAAUCUCCAAUCUUUGGGGGAAAAGUGUGUGUGCUGGUGUGUCUACUGACUUUAAUCGGAGCACAUUGGAGUAAAUUAGGAGAGAUUACUGUUGUCAGUGGCUACAAAAAUUGAUCGUUUUGAAAGGUAAUUUGAGGAAAUGGCUGUCGACAUAAUGCACCACCCUGGACAGAUGUG